AUGGUCAAAUCAACAGCUCCCUUCGCACCAACUCCGCCACCCUCAAGGCCAUCCGAACAAGCCUCGAGUAGCUCAAGCUCUCCGACCAAACGCACAUUCCAAAGCACGCUGUUCAAUGUAAAGUUUGGAGCGCAGCGCACGAAGCUCCCUCUGAUCAAAACAGACGAAAUCAUCGCCAAACGAAAACAAUCGCAAGUUGCAAUUCAAACAGAUGAUCAGCCAAACUCCAAGCGACUCCGCACAGCGUUUGACCCUUCUGUCGCCAUCGCCGCGCCAAAGUUCCAUCAUCGCGGACCAUUCCACCAAGUGACUCGACCCGAGUUCUGCUCUGCCUUCAGAUUAGACGAACUUCCAGAUGCCGAAGUCUACUACCAACCCGACUUCAUUGAUCGCUCUCUUGCCGAAGAAUGGCGUUCGCAACUCGAUCGUUUGCCCGAAUGGUAUCGUCCCAAACUAAAAGUCUACGGACGAGAGAUUACACAGAGCCGCGAAAUUGCUGCGUAUGCUACAGCUCCAGGCUUGCAUCUCAAGUAUAGCGGACACCCCGUCGAGUUGCAUUCACCUUUCCCCCCGUUGCUUGAUCAUAUCGCCUCGCUCAUCUCAUCAGACGAGUGUCUGGGCAAAGAAGUACGCUUCAAUCACUGCAUGCUCAAUCGAUACGAUGACGGCAGUGUCUACAUUGGAAGACAUUCGGACAACAUCGAGAACAAGGUGAUUGUCACUGUAUCUCUAGGUGCAGAUCGAAGCUGGAUAAUGCAGCGCAAGGCAACCAAGAGGGCAGAAGCGCAUGGAAAGGAGCAGACCAGGAAGCGCUGGACUCUUGCGGGAGGCAGUUUGCUUGUCAUGCAAGGUCAGACGCAAAAGUUCUAUACCCACGAAAUUCCCAAGGAGCUCAAAGUCAAAGGUCCUAGGAUCAGCAUCACUUUUCGUCAACUCGUGUACGACGAGUGA